AUGCCCCCCAUCCCCAUCUCCCCCAACCCCUCCUACUCCAUCCACCCCUGCACCCCCACCGACCUCCCCUCCAUGCUCACCACCUACAACCUCUCCUUCGCCAGCGACCCCUUCCGCCUCGCCCGCUGGCCCUCCUCCCAAGUUUCCCCUUCCGUCUUCACCUCCUUUCUCACCAACAUCUUCACCAAAUAUCUGCAAACCCCUCACACACACACCUGGAAACUUGUAGAAAAUUCCACCGGGAAUACGGCCGGCUGGACGCAUUUCGCUGAACCACAUGUGCUGAGUCGAGAGGAAGAAGAGCAGAGCAAGAUAGAAGAGGAGAAGGAAGAGAAAGAGAGGAGAGAAAGAGGAGAGGGAAAGUUUCCGGAAGGCUCGGUGUUGGAAAUUUGUGAGGCGAAGAUACAGGGCUGGGAUAGAAUGAGGGAGAAAUGGUAUAAGAGGGAGGAAAUGUUUUUAAUUUACUUCCUCUCCAUCUCUCCCCCCUACCAAAACCUCGGUCUUGGUACCCUCCUCCUCACCGCAAUCACAAAUCUCGCAGAUGCCCAAGGGAAAAGUAGUUAUUUAGAAGCGACGGCCGCAGGGUAUCCGGUGUAUGUGCGCGCGGGGUUUAAAGAGGUGGAUUGUAUGGAGGUGGAUUUGGGAGAGUUGGGGGUGGGCAGGAAUUGGGCGAUGGUUAGAGGGGGGAAGAGUAGGAGAGAGGAUGGGGAAAUGAGAUGGAUGCGUAGAUAG